GCGAGCUCUAGGUUGAAGUCCACGACAUGACGGCACUCGCCUCUCACCUCUCACCUCUCACCUCAGAGCUUACCCUCGUUUCUGCCGCCGAGGGUGACGUGCAUGUGGGAUUUCAAUCGCUUCAAAUAAUCUUGCAUCACCUUCCCUCACACCAUCCACAACUUACAGGGACCUCUUUGCGACGACAGGGAAAAAAAGGGAAGGGACGGCCAUGAGGUGACAAGCUGUGUGCCUCCCCACACCUUGCCCGGUCACCGAGACACCCACCCCCUUAUCCGGCGACGGCCAUGAUGCGCCGGCUGUCGCCGUUCCUGCGGGCCGCAACGGCGGCGACUGCACGGCGGCAACUCCAACCCCGACACCAACCCAUAUCCCAUUUCAAGAGCUGCUAUAGCUACAGCACCGUCUCGGGCGAGGCGCCGCUGUCUUCAUGGCCGCCCAAGCCGUCGAAGCCGCUGCGCAUCCUGUUCUGCGGGUCCGACGACUUUAGCUGCGAGGCGCUGCGCGCCCUGCACGCCGAGCACCGGCGCAACGCCGACCUGAUCCGCUCCAUCGACGUCCUGGUCCGCCCCGCCAAGCCCACCGGCCGCGGGCUCAAAGUCGUCCGCCAGCCGCCGUCUCGCAUCCUGGCCCAAGAGCUCGGGCUUGCCGUGCACGAGCGCGACACCUUCACGGGCUGGGAGAUGCCCCACCCCGGCGGCGAGCCCAUCAACCUCAUCGUGGCCGUCUCGUUUGGCCUGCUCGUGCCCAAGCGCCUGCUGCGAGCCGCACACUAUGGCGGCCUGAACGUGCACCCGUCGCUGCUGCCCGACCUCCGCGGGCCCGCACCGCUACACCACGCGCUGCUAGCAGGGCGCACGCACACAGGCGUCUCGCUGCAGACGCUGGCCGAGGACAAGUUCGACGCGGGGGCGAUUCUCGCCCAAACUUCGCGGCCGGGCCUGGCAAUCCCAGCAGGCUGCACAGUCGAGCAGCUGCACGCGCUCCUCGCACCGCUCGGCGCGUCGAUGCUGGUGUCCGGGCUGCGCGCGGGCGUGCACGUGCCGCCGGUGAUCGCCGUGGUACCGCCGGAGCGGCGCACGGGGCUGAUCCCGCGGGCGCCGCUGCUGCACGCGCCCAAGAUCACGGCCGCGCACCGCCAGGUGCCGUGGGUGCCCAUCCCCUCUGGUGGUCCAGGACCGAGUGCGCAGGAUAUGGCUCGCCGUGCGCAUGUACUCGGCCAGCUGUGGACGCACGCCCGGCCCAGCCACACGGGGCUCAAGAUGCGCAUGAUCCUCGACGGCGUCGACGUGGCGCCGCGGGACGAGUGGCCGGCCGACGCGGCGGCGUUUGCGCGCCUCGCGGCCGCCCAGCUGCGCGAGAAGCAGCAGCGGCAGCGCGAAACCAACCCAUCCCAGACCCAACCCCAAAGCAAGAAAAAGAAGAAGGACCGCGUGCCCGAGAUCGAAAUCGACCUCGACCAGAUCCGCGCCGCGGGCGGCAGUCUGGCCGACAAACCGCUCAAGACAGUGACAUGGCUACAGAUGCCCGUGGCCGACCUGACAGGGAGUACGAACGACGCGCGCGACGAGGCGCUCGUCAAGGUGCGGACGCCGUACUUUGUCGACGACGCAGCGGGCAGCAGGCAGCGCAGCGCAGUGCUAGUGCCCAUGGCGGGCGGCGGCGGCGGGUUUCUACGGAUCCGGGCCAUCAAGGUCGAGGGCGACAGGAGCCGGGCGGCGGCCGAGGCGAUCCGGGCGUUCACCGAGGAGGAGCCCGUCGACAGCGGGCUCGUGUCCUUCUUUGACGGCGACGUGUUCCAGCUGCUCGACCCGCUGACGUCGUGGUUCGAGGAUUUGGAUGUUUUCUAGACGAGACAUGAUUGACUACCAAUGCAAGACGGCAGUAUGGUUCACUUCGUUGUGUAAUAUGAUAGUACAACACUGUAGACAUACCCUCUUGUAUAAUAGAAUAAAUCUCGUCUCAAAGGUCCCUCUCAUCCAACCGUAUUAGCUCUCGUGAAGUGGGGCACUUUGUGGCUCAAAUGUUCUCACACCCACUACAGCAAUACUUGGUGGUCGUGGGUAUCAAGCAUCACAACACAUUGAUGACAUCAGGCAAUUAAAUCGUAAAUUAACUACUGUACAGGCGGCGUGCUAACCGCGACGCAAUUACUAUUGAAAAGCAAAGCACAAUCCCCAGGC